AUAUAUCUUUCUGAUGUCCAUAACCAACCAAAAAAAAGAAAAAAGAAAAAAUGAGGAAAGAGACUAGAAUUCCAACUCUCUUGCACACAUCCAUGGAGUCACUACACCUGAACAAUACAAAAGACCACGAGAGAGAUACCAAACUGCUCGAUGAUGAGCAGGGUUGCAUGAAAAUUUCAUGUUUCUUCUGCACCAUGAAUGAUCCAGAUCCAUCACUUCGAAAAGUUAAAAUCAUUCGGUGCUUCAAAGAAAUGCCUUCCAGGAAUGACGAUGAACUCAUCUUCGCAUUAAGCAGCCUGUGGAACAUCGCCAUGACAAAACCAGACGAUCCAGAAUUCCCGUCCCUUGGGAUAUUUGAAUGCAUGGCGAAACUAAUCCACAGAGCCGUCGGUGACAAGAAAUGGCUGCUUAGAGAUCAGAAUAUCUAUAUCCCUUACUACGCAGCACAUAUUAUCGGCUCCUACACCAUGAGCAAGGUUCGUUUUGUGGAUAAGGCGAUCAAAUCAGGCGCGGUUUCGGCACUGUUGGAGCUUUUGAGAGGAAGGAUUACUUGGGUAGAGCAGCGAGUUGCAGUACGAGCUCUGGGUCAUAUUGCCAGCCACGACAGAACCUUCAAAGACAUUGCUGUGCAUGAAUCUGAAAUCAUAGAAUUAGUCAUGGAGAUAGCUUCAACAUGUCUCGACGAGGUCUAUCAAAAAUUCAUUGACCAGAAGGAAUCGAACAGAUUGAAAUACCACUGCAACCUGCUUACAAGAGGGCUUGAUGGAUUGGAGAUUGAGAAUGGAAAAGCAGAGGAAUGGGCUAGCCAGCUUCAAUGCUGGUCGCUCUAUCUCCUAAAUUGCUUUGCAUGCAGAGAAAAGUCUCUGAGUUUAAUAUGCAGGAAAGAAUUCUUGAGGAAAUUAUGCAGAAUGUGGGGUGGUUUGACAAAUCCUACUUCGCCUGCUGGCAUUGGACUUAUAAGAACUCUGUGUAACACCAGAACAGGAAGACAAAGCAUAGCAGAUUUACAUGAAGUUGUAGAGACACUCGGCAAUAUCUCAAGGUCCUCGGAUGAUUGGCAAGAGAUGGCUAUAGAUUGUCUUUUUCUACUUCUCAAAGACCCAGAAACCAGAUACAAAGUAAUCGAUAUUGCAGUUUUGUUUCUCGUUGAUCUUGUCGAACUCAGAGGCAAUACUGGAGCAAGGCAUAAAGUUGGAGAGAUUAUCACACAGACACUGCUACUGGAUUACCAUAAGGUCAGGUAUGGUGGUUUGAGAUUGAAGAGCAUAAAUGCUGAGAAAGCUUUGGAGGAAAUUUGGGAUUUGAAGGUUGACAGGAAAAAGAGAGAGAAACUAAUGUCUGAUGAAGAAAUUCGAAAGAGAAAAUUGUCUGUGACCCAGAUGAAAAAGGAAGGAAAUCUACACUUUUUGUCAGGGGAAAUUGAAAAGGCUGUGAUGAAGUACUCGGAAGCUUUGGAUUUGUGCCCACUCAAAAUGCGAAAAGAGAGAGUUGUGCUUCACAGCAACAGAGCUCAGUGUCAUUUACUGCUGAAAAACCCAGACUUAGCUAUCAGUGACACGACCAGAGCUCUAUGCUUAUCCAGUGCGACUAGUCCUCACGGUAAGAGCCUGUGGAAAAGAUCACAAGCUUAUGACAUGAAAGGGUUGGGGAAAGAAAGCUUGAUGGACAGCUUGCUGUUUGUUAAAGGCCGUGUCAAGUCUAAGAAAGCCAAACUUGCUAGAAUCCCAUACUACGCAGCACGUAUGAUUAACAAGCAGAUGGAAGCCACGUGGAUUUUUGCUCCAUCCGGGUCAAGGAUAUAUAACAAAGACGAAGACAAAGUACAAAAAUCCAACGACCAAAAUGAAAUUGACCUGGUCAACAUUCUCCACGAUGAGCCCACUAUCGUAGAAGAACCUUUGGUUGAAAAACAAUGGAGGAGACGAAAGCUUCAAAGUGAUGGAAGAAGUGAAAAAAGUAUCAGUUUCACUGCUGGAUUGUCACAAAGUGUAAACAGGGUAAGGGACAGGGACGUGAUCAAGAGCUGUGCAUCACAAAUUCAUGAGGUGGUGGAUAGAAGAAUUUUAUCAACGAAUACAAACCGUUGAUCAGCAAGAAUCAGCUCUGACAUGGACUUGGACCAAGGACUUCCAUGUAAUUCUAAAAGAACAUAACCCAUACGGCACGGCGGAUUUGGCUGUACGACUGGUCGUAGGACAACUGACAUACUAUAUUACUCAAGAAUAAUAUUUACAUGUCUUUGUUACUGUAACUUAACUUUUCUAGAAGGCCUGUUGCUUUAUCGUGCAUAUAUGGUGAGCAAUCUACCUGAUAGCACAUUUAUUUAUUAUUAUUAUUUUUUUUAGUCC